CUUAUCUGGCCCGUAAAGACGUCGGUGGUUUUUUUUUAACAAAACCGUGCUUAUUUCAAGGUUCAUAACUCUUUUGAAAUAAAUUAUCAAACAAAAAACGAUAUUUUCUCUUUAAAAAAUAUUAAGUUUACCCAACGUAUAAAAGAAAAUAACUCCCUUUACGGAGGUUCUCAAGUUGCAGACCAAAAAGACUAAAAUGUUGAAAAAUAUCGUUUCCAGUUGUAAAUACCUGAUUUCAGACAUUGAAAACAUAUUAAACAGCAUAAUUACGAGGAACUCAAUUCAUCCUGGUCUAUGCAUUUUGCCAUUAAAUGCUCAACAAAGGACAGAUGAAAGGAGUAAACCGAUCAUCGACAUUUUAAAAGACGCUUUUCUCUUUGCCGUGCCCAAAAGCAGGAGGUCUGUGGAGAGGAGGCAAAAACGGAAAUUCGGUUGGCCAGAGUAUCAUUGGAAACCACUCGUACCUAAAACAAAUAUCCUUAUAUGCACUAGCUGUGGCCACGAUUAUUUAGCAGGUCACCUUUGCGGAAACUGUUAUGAAAGGGUUAAAAAGGAAACUGAGGAAAUGCAGAAAGCAAUUGAAGCCACUCUAAAAUUAGAUCCAGUCGAAAAAGAAGUAGUAGUCCUCUAUGAAGAUGAGUUAAAUGAUAAAAACCAAGAAUUUUGGCAGGGAAAGAGAAUUGUUGAAAUGAAGAAGAAACGUCCUGCAUGGUUCAGUGAUAAUUUGCUACAAAAAAGCACCAUUGGCGGCGAUUCAGAUACUAAAGAUAAAAAACCUAGUAGUGAUGAACUUGCUUAGCUUUGGAUCUUUUUUAAAUUUUUACUUAAACAAUGUAUGUACAUAAUGUAGUAUUAAUAAAAAUAAACAUUAUAAUAGUUA